CAUCCAAUGAAAGGACACAGUCACGUGAUACAGAAAGCAGGAAGCGCAGCCACAUCCACAGCAGCACUAGAGUGAAACUGCAGACAGCUCGACCUGAACGCCCGAACCAGGACUGAGAAUAAACCAACUAGACACCAUGUUUUGGAGACUUUUCUUCGUGACAAUAUUACUAGCCGUCUUCGGGUCGUUGACAAGCCAGGGAUUUGCGCAGGAUGGAGCCUGUGGUCCAUUGAAAUCUUGUGAAGAAUGUGAUAAUGUCACUCACUGCCAGUGGAUGAAGUGCUCAGAUAUUCUGACGUGUGUUAACGGCAGUGCUGAGAACCAAACAGCCGACUGCAUCAGAAUGAACUGCACAGAGCCGACAUCGGCCCCGGUCCCGUCAGUGAGCCCCACCACUCCAAACGCUACCAUCAAUGCUACUACGGCAGCCCCCACCACAGCAGUUGUUCCAACUCAAAACAGCACCGUCACAAAUGUCACGUCGGCUUCUACUCCUCCUCCUUCUCCUUCUCCUUCUCCUUCUCCAUCUAAAUCAUCCACAUUUGAUGCCGCCAGUUUCAUCGGGGGAAUUGUGUUAGUCCUUGGCCUUCAAGCAGUCAUCUUUUUCCUUUACAAGUUCUGCAAAUCCAAGGAUCGCAACUACCACACCCUGUAACACUCUGCCACCUGGAGGCUCCACACGGCACCACAAAACCCACACUCCGACCCAAAAAAGAGAGACAGACACAUUGCACUCACUGAUUCUUAAAUACUCUUGUAAUCCCCAAUGUUUAGCCUCAUAUUUGACAUUUAAUUCCUGUGAUUUGAGAUUUGUUUCGUUAAUGUUAGAGCUCUCACAAGCACUCGAGUUUAUUAACACAAAUACACACAGAGUAAAUAUGCAUUAUGGGGUAUGCGAAAUGUGUCCUGCUUUCGUGUACAACCACAGCUGUCUGUAAAUGUUUCAUUAUAUGACAACACAGCGAUUUGUCUCCUCAAUAUCAUGGUGGUUCCCCUGAAAGGCGUACGAGGGGGCAACUUCUCAUCAUGCCUGUGACAAUACUUCCCAACUUCCAGUGUUAAUUUCAGGUAACUUUACGAGAACAGUAUUUUAUACAGUUGCCAUGACUGAUGGUUCUCGAUAUUCCACCGAGUCCUUCAUCAUAAUCAUCAUCACCAUGUUCAAAAAUAAUCUAUAUAGUUCAGUUUUUCCCCUUCAUUUCAAAUCUGUUUUGCAUUUUCAUCACAUAGUCCUUUGGGGUUGUAUCUGUCCAUGUGUGGUGUGUGAUUAAAAAAAAAAAAAUUUUUUUUUUUUGCCAUUCCUCUUACUUGCGCCAACCAAGAGAGCCAAAAUGUUGCAAUAAAUUACAUUCCCCAGCUUAGGCCCUCAUUGUUAACUAUCUACAGUUAGAGAACCAGUUCUCCAAAUGCAUUAAAACUGGCAUCUCGCUCCUUUUUUCUUUCCCAAACGUGUCAAUGGAGUGCUGGGUAAUAUUAGAGAUGCAUUAUAUACCCAUAGUUAGCAUCCCAUCAUUCUGGGGGACUUACCAGCAUAUCGGCCAUCUUAAGUUAUACUUUUAGGAGUUUAUGUGGAUUUGAAACAAUAGAAGCUCAGCCAAUCCAGUUCUACUAACAGCCGAAAUGAGUCUUCAUUAGAAUUAGUCGAUUCUGCCGGACAUGCGAAUAGAAUGAGGCACUAUGAGAGCGGAGGAUCUAUGAUCCCAUUCAGAAUGAUUGACAGUUGAGUCAAAAGUGCCUUUAGGUGGAGGCAGUGGCUUGCUGCCUUAAAAGUGAGCCUUAAAAGUGUGAAUGCGUUUGUGUUGGGCCUCCGUCGAGGCCAGGCUCUGUGUAAGUGUGUUUGCCUGUAUGUCGGUGUGUUUAUAGACACGCAUGCGUGCUUGUUUCAAUGAAGUAGAUCUAGUGUCUGCCAGCUGGACUGAUCGCUAUAUUAUACAGAGUAGAUAAUUAAAAGUUUAUUAAUUUGUUGGAUAAUAUGUCAUGCUUCUCUCAGUUCUGGAGGUUUAUUUUUUGCUAGUGCAGAAAUGCCAGUCGGAUUCUAGCACUCCCUUUCAAAAACAGAUCGAUAUUUGUACAUAAUCAGAACUCUUUGACCAUAAACCGAAUCAAUAUCGUUAUAUAUAAGGCACUAAAAUGUCUUAAACUGAAGUGUACGUACUUCAGGGUGAUUAAAACAGGCUUGUACGUAGAUUUUGAUGUUUUUUAGGAGCCUUUGUGUUAAAUACCCUAAAGAGAAUUGAAAUAUGCCCUAGAAAAGUGCAUUCAGGAUAUGUUUUACUUAUUCUGUCAUUUAGUUUUUCUGUUGCUACAGUUAUCUGAAGAUUUUGAUUUUGAGUCUUAGAAUAGAGCUGUGUCAGCCUCGUAAUUUAAUGCUUGGGUUUGGUUUUUUUUUUUUUUUUUUUUUAAA